UGGGGUUUUAAGUAAAGGUGCAGUACGGUCGGUGUACGGUCGUCAAUUGUAGUUAGCCUACUCGCACAGCAGCGCUUGAAACUUCAGUUUCUUUACCAGAUAAGCAACGGUGUUUGUCUCAUCUCAUGAAACCGCUACUGUUGCUGUACGUAGCCACUGCUGUUUAAAAUAUGAGUUACCUUGACAAAAAAAAAAGAAGCAUUUUCUUUAGUUAAAAGUAUAUUGGAAGGUAAUGCGAAAAGCGCAGAUUUGGGUCUGAUAGAAACACACACAGACACAGGGAUAUCCCAUCUAGAGAUGUUUCUUCCUAUCUUCCUGCACUGUCUGUGUAUCGGAUCCAUGACUUUAUGGGUUCAGGGUUUAGACUUUAAUUUCCAUGACAGCAGACAAAUAGAAGCAUAUUUGCAGUCCGUCAGCAAAAACUAUUCGACCUUCACAAACCUCUACAGUAUUGGAAAAUCGGUGCAAGGUAGAGAGCUCUGGGUCUUGGUUCUGGGAAAGUACCCAAUAGAACACAAAGUUGGGAUUCCGGAAUUCAAGUAUGUUGGCAACAUGCAUGGUGAUGAGGUGGUUGGCAGAGAAAUGCUAUUGCAUUUGAUAGACUACCUGGUGAAAAACUACAGGACAGAUUCCACCGUCACCAGGCUGAUUGACAGCUGUCGCCUUCACAUCCUGCCUUCGAUGAACCCAGAUGGGUUUGAGGCUUCGGCGCCCCCUGACUGUAUUUUCUCCAAAGGAAGGUACAACAGAAACAGCGUGGACCUGAACAGAAACUUUCCAGACACCUUCUCAACGGCCGCUUCCUCCCGCGUGCAGCCCGAGACGCAGGCAGUGAUGGACUGGAUCCAGAGCGAGAGCUUUGUGCUCUCUGCCAAUCUACAUGGCGGGACCGUCGUAGCCAGCUAUCCGUACGACAACAGCAACGGAGGAAGCGAGCUGGUUAAUGGAGAGAGUCGCUCCCCAGAUCAUGACGUUUAUGUACAUCUUGCUAAAACGUACUCCUAUAACCACACUACAAUGCACACGGGCACUCAGUGUGGCUCUUCAACUUUCCCAGAUGGAAUAACAAACGGAUACCAGUGGUACACUGUAAUAGGUGGCAUGCAGGAUUAUAACUACGUCUAUGGGCAGUGCUUUGAAAUAACACUGGAGCUGUCUUGCUGCAAAUACCCUCCAGCAGAUCAGCUCGCAGGCUUCUGGCAGGAGAACAGAGCUGCCCUGCUGGCGUACAUGCAGCAGGUCCACCUGGGUGUCAAGGGCCAGGUCUUAGAUGUUGAUGGAAAUCCGAUCCCAAGUGCAGUGGUGGAAGUUCAAGGGAGGAACAACAUUUGCCCGUACAAAACCAACAAGCACGGGGAAUACUACAGACUCCUGCUACCCGGGACUUACACAUUUGUGGUGACCGUACCUGGAAGCGAACCGAUGAAAAAGACUCUGCAAAUCCCGAACGGGCCGGCCAGCUUCUCUGCCUUGAAAUACGACUUUGUUUUCCGAAGCAACUCCCCUACCUCAGAGACUGUUGCUGCAGAAUCCUGCACCACCGCAGACCACAACAGCGACAACACAGCAGCCUCACUUCAGGCUCUUCACUUCGCUAUCCUACUAGCCCUAGCUGGGGCUGCGGCAAUGAGUGGACUAGUCCACAGCUAGCUGAUAGGAGGGGUAGUCAAUUUGCAAAAUCAGCAGUCGACUAGUUAGCUUUGUUUUCGUAUACAGGUAUAAAGCCGUGCCACAGACCCAUGUUGCAGUGAUGCCCUUUCCACCGCUGUCCUGGUACAGUUUAUCACAAUCCAGUGUGGGUUAAACUAACUCCAUGUUAGUAAAUACAAAGUAGGUACCCUUACCUUCGUUUAAUCCUCCACACCUGUAUUUAUAAACCGAUUCAGAAAAGAAAUUUCAAACCGUGUCGUCUCUUUUCCGUGUUCGUUGUUACUUUCGAAAGUCUCACUGCAUGAUGUGUUGAGGAUUCUCGUUUGGAAAUCCAAGCCUGCACAAUGUGCCAAUGUUGGACCCCCCACCCCCCCGAAAACAAUAUCAUCUUUUAAUCAGAAUGUAUUUUUCUAUUCCUCUAUUACAAAAAUAAUAAAUAAACUCUCCACUUCCCAGUAGAUAUAUCUGUAUGUAGAUAAAAACAUGCUUUGAAAUGUGUUCUCAGCAUAGGUGUAAAUACUAAAUGAUUGACAAAUAUCGUGAUACACAGUUAGAAAACUUUAAAUCUCUCUAUACCCAAGGGCCGGGCCAAACUGUGUGUCUAUUUAUGAUAAAACAUCGAUCUUUGUAAGCAAACAAACCAACAAAUGAAGUAAUAGCAACACUUUAGUUUAAGGCUCUGCUUUAUGCAAUCAAUUAUAUACCUAUAAAUAGCAUUAUAUAUAAAUGUUUAUCUAUAAUAAUAAUAAUAAUAAUAAUACUAAUAAUAAUAACAGGCUUCAGCAAUACAGUGAGCAUGUAACUAAUGCAUUUAUAAGAAACCUUACAAUGAAUAUAUAAUAUGACACAAAGCUUUACAAUAGUGACAUUAAAAUGUCAUUGACAUGUGUGCCUUAACUCCAGGAAUGUCUGUCAGCCUGUUUAUGGUUUAGCUUUGUUACUUCUUCCUAUUGCUGCUAAUCAGCUAGCCACGAUCCCACAAUAAUGACAGUAAAUGAGAUUUGGGAAGGCCAUAAGGUUGGAGUUUGAGCAUUACUUGUCUGUUCCAGCAGGGAUCAGAUUAGCUCUUCUUAAGAUUGCAUGUUCAAGCAUCUUAUGUUCGAUGCAGUUGCUCCAGUUACCUGAGAAAUGUUGGCUGCCAAAUCAUUUUUAGCAAAAUCUUGGCUUCUUGAAAGGGUAGCACAGCUAGGAAACAAGUUAUAAAGGAACAGCACACUAUGUCGAUUGCAGGUGUGCAGUGACACAGAGAUUUGAUCAGUGUGAAUCAGACAUUCUGGUUAUAGCUUUAGUUUCCCUUUUUGUACUGUCUUUAAUAUAUUUUUUAUACGCAGAUAACUAAUUUGUACUUUGUAUUUGAAUGCCUCACAUGUUAAGAGUGUGCUGUAUGGAAUAAAUGUAAUGCAAACGACAUCCUCCGACAGCAAGUUAAACGAGGCUGCGUAUGUUCUUCACACUUUUGUAAAAUGAUUUGCUUUUGUACUACCUCACAGUUCACAGCGGUAUUCGUUGAAAUGCAAAGAAACCUUGCAAUGUGCAUUUUUUCAACACGUGAUCUAAAUAAACAUGAUCCAAAAUG